CCCCCCCGGAGCCGUAGGAUGUUGGAGCCCGGCGGCCUAGGCGACCACUCGUUCGCGUCCCUCCUGGCCGAGCCCCCGGCCACGAUGCCGACCGGCGGCCACGGCAGCCUCGCCGAGUCUAGCUCGCCGUCCAGAGCAGGCUCUGCCAAGGGCACCGGCGCCCCCUCUAGCUUGGUCAACGGGUGUGAAGGGGGCAGUAGCAGCAGAUGCUCGGCGGUGGGCGGGAGGGAGGUGGGCGGGGGUGGGCGUGAGGCUGCUGGAUCGGAGCAACAACAACAGCAGCAGGUGAGCGGGGUCCCCCCACCCCUCGCCCUCCCGCCGCUCUCCUCGGUCAGUAGCAAGUGCGAGGCAUCUUCCCCUGGACCUUACACGCUGCCCUCCGGCCCCUACACGCUGCCCUCCUCCUCGUCGAUGCCCCCCGCCCUCACCCCCACGGCCAACAUCUUCUCCACCAUCUACACGUCGGGCCUCCCCCACCACCAGCCCCCGGAGCCCAGGGACGUCUUCGCCGCGCCGUUCUCCGCCAUCACGUUCCCCUUCCAG